AUGGACACGUCUAUGUAUGCUUCGUGCAGCCGCAGACUCCUGGUUCCAGACAUGCAAGACUUGUUGUUCACGCAAACGGCGAGGUCUGGAAGUAUUUUCUCACCGGCCUGCAGAACAAGCACUUGUGGAUCCGGUCCCGACCUACCCAAAGCGGCUGCCCUUGUUGUUAGCUACCGAGCGCAAGACUUCAAGCAGCUGGCGGGGUGGGGCGCCGAGGCGCCUCGCGCCAAAAUCCACCGGCUGAAGAUGUGGAAUGCGGCGCGGUGCACCUUCCAGGGCAGCUCUAGCCACGUGAUUCCGGGCACGGCUGGUGCUCAGAGGGCAUCGUGGACGCCCCGCAAAUUGGGAGGACGUGACCACGUGCGCGAGCUGGGCAACUUCUUUUCCAACUUGAAGGCUUCGGGCACGCGGCUGAGCAUCAUCGCCAAGGGUGACGUGGGGGCCCGCUACCUCCUGGAGCAUGAGGGGCUGCUGCAGUUUUUCGAGCACGUCUUCAGCAUGGGCCAGUUCCAGGGCGAGUCCGACUUCGGCCGUGCUAACCCGGAACCAUCCGAGCUGGAGGGCAACCCAGAUUGCGAGCUGCGCGGGUCUAUUGCAAAUUUGCUCCGCAGUCUCGUGUUGAAGGAGCCUUUAGCUGUGGAUGAGACGUGCUUGGCGGAGGAUGGUCCACAGGAGAUAACAUACCUGCAUGGCAUUUGUUGCAGUGCGUUCGUGGCGGAGAGGCGUGAGAUGAUGGAGAGGGAGAUGGGGGAGCUGAAGCGGAGGGGCGGUGCAAAGGGUAUUGUGGAGGCGGCAAAGAAAGGUCCAGCGGUGAACGCAAUGGCACCUGCAACGGCCGUGGCUACAUUGCUGCCACCGCCAGACGGCUUCAGUGGUGUCUACAAGGCCACAGCCAAGAACGUACCGCCCCCUAAAGACACGGCACUGCCGCUCUUCCUUCCGCUCCAAAGCCUGCUGCAACUCCGAAGCCAGCCCAGAGCCUACAGGGCGUGCCGGGCGGCGCGCAGUUGUACUUUGACUUCGACCAGACGAUCUCCAAGAUCCACGUCUUCAAGCAGCUGGCGGUGUGGGGUGUCCAGGCGCCGCGCAGGUUCUCCGAUCGCGACCAGAUCAAGAUGUUGA